UCCAAGUUCAGUUUCUCGGAAUCUCAAACAAAAUAGGGCUGUGUUUUACUCAGCAAUUCGUGAUGGAGUCGCUUCUAAAAAACCUCAAGGAGCAUGUAACAUGCUCGAUUUGUUUGGAUACUUACACCAAACCGAAGACCAUUGCUUGUCUUCAUACGUUCUGCUGUGAAUGCCUGGAGAGACAUGCACUAACGAGCCAAAAACAAGGGUUUUAUCGAUGCCCCGAGUGUCAGGCACAAAUUGGCAUCCCUGAAGGAAAGCGUUUUGAUAAUCUGCCGAGCAGUUUUCUGCACAACAGUUUGUUGAGUCUUCUCGCCGUUCGACGCAGCGGCGAGGGAAAUGAAAUCAGCUGUAGUACAUGCCAGAAGAAGAGCGCUGAGAUCAACUACUGCUUUGAUUGCGAGAAGUUUAUGUGCCCAGACUGUGUGAAAGCACACGAAGUAUUUCGAGAAACUUUGUUUCAAGGACACAAAGUCACACCAGUGCGACAGUUUCAAGCCACAGACUACGAGGCGUUGUUGAAACGGCAGUCAUUUUGCUCCGUUAAGUAUCACGAGAAAGAAGUAACAAAGUUUUUCUGUGUGGGCUGUCAAAGCUGCGUGUGUCAGAUUUGCAUCGCCACUGAUCACAAGAGCCACGAUGUUGUUCCGCUUGAAAAGGCAGCGGACGAUGAAAAAGCAAACAUCAUUGCCAGAGCAAAGCUGGUCAAAGAGAUGAAGGAGGUCUGCCGAGGCGUUAUUCGUGAAUUUGAGAACACGGAACAUGAGUUGGAAACGAACAUUACCACAGCUAAACGCCAAGUUUCCCAAGCAACCGAACAGAUGAUGGGAAAGCUUCGCCAACUACAACGUGAAGCCAUUACUGCCCUAGAGAAGACUCGCGUGUCAAGGAUUGAGAAAUUACAUUCUGGAAAAGCAUCGGUUGUCUCUUUCGAAAAGCAACUUGACCAAGCAUUUGAGUUCAGUAACAACCUGGUUGAAAGAAGCUCAAGUUCAGACAUAAUGCAAAACAAGAAAAAUGUAGAAGAACGAAUCAAAGACCUCAUCGAGACCACAAUGCCUGCACUUCCGGUUAGCUCGUGUGUGGAGUUUGUGUCGACAUGUGAACCAGAGAGUUUGAGUCUGGGAUUUACGAAGUUCAGCAAGACAGAUGUGCAAGGAUCGACCGUGGAAGGACUGGAUCAGAAUUUCCAAGCUGGUGUAGAGGCAGAGCUACUAAUUUGUCCCAAAUCAAGCGAAGGAGAAAUCAGAAACACUCAGCACACAGAUCGUGUUGAAAUACACGUAGACCCUGCGGAUCAGGUGAGGAGUUUGGUGACAAGUGAAAAAGAAGAUGGAAAUUUCCAAGCAAAAUUUGUAGCGAAAGUACCUGGUCCUUAUAAAAUAAAAGUAAAGAUAAAUGGAGAGAAACUUGCCAAGAGUCCAUUUUCUAUUCUGGUCAAAGCACGAGAGUUAAAUGUUGUAGGCAAGUUGGACUUACAUGGAGAAAUGCUGCAAGGUCCUGCCGGCAUUGCAGUGAACAGUAAAGGUGUUAUUGCUGUGGCUGAUUAUGAAGGUCACUGUAUCCUGGUAUUUGAUGAGACAGGAAAGUUUGUGCGAAAAAUUGGUUCUUAUGGAGACAAGGAUGGACAAUUAAAGGAUCCAGUCGACGUCACGUUCCUAAACGAUGACGAGAUUCUGGUGGCCGAUCAAUGUAAUCACCGAAUACAGCAGUUGAAUGUACAGACAGGGAACUUUGUGAAAAGCUUUGGAAAAAAGGGAAGUGGAGAUGGAGAGUUUAAGUUUCCUGUAAGUGUUUGUAUUACAAGUGAUGGACGUUUUAUCGUUGUAGCGGAUUUUAAUAACAGCAGAAUUCAGGUGUUUACAAUGGAUGGUGAACCUGUGUUUAAGUUUGGAGACAGCGGUCCAGAAAGGCUGGAUCAUCCACUCAGCUGCGUUUGUUACGAGGAAAAGUUCUUUGUAACUGACUUGAAUAAUAACUGUGUGAAAGUGUUUGAUGAGAGAGGACAGUUUUUGUACAAGUUUGGAGAAAAAGGAAACGGUGAUGGACAGAUGAAUAAGCCGUAUGGCUUAUGUGUUGACAAACAUAAUAACGUUUUCUUAUGUGAUGGGGGAAAUAAUCGAGUUCAACAGUUUACAUUGGAAGGAACUUUCACUGGAAAGACAAGUUCAAAUAUUCAGUUUGGAUGGCCGUGGAGUGUCACCCCAAUGCUAGAUGAUCGGAUUGUGGUCACAGACUUCAGAAAGAAAGAAGUUUACAUUCUGAAAUGAAUGCCCAUUUUUGAAAGUAACUAUCAAUUCUUCGUAAGCAAACCUUUUGCGAAUAUCUGUAAGUUUUAUUGUUUUAUUAAUUUACGGAAAACUGUGACAUGUCACGUGUCACAAGAGAACUUGAAAGAAAAUGGCUAGAAUCAGCAACUUGCCUUCUAAUUUUUCAAGGACAGUUUCAAAGAAUUGUUGAUUCAUCACUUCAGAAAUGUGAUUGUGUGAGCUUUUAUUAAAUUAUAGUAAUAGGACUGAGUGGAGUCCAAUUCGGUCUAUAAUCAUACGAGUGAUUGACAAAAUCGGACGACUACGAACGGGGAGUCCCAUUUGUCAAUCACUAGUUUAAAAAAGAAACUAGACAUCGGUUAUACGUUUUCAUGAAAAGACAACGGUUCAGUCGCCGAAAUGCGCGACAACAGCGCUUGCAUAUGACACGCAUUGUCCAUUUACACAGGCAUGACAUGUCAACUGUUCUAUUCAAUUGUCCAGUUACAAGCAUGACAUCUGCACUGUCCAAUUGGUGCUCAAAUCGAGCUGGUGAUAACCAAUCACAUGCCGGAAUUUUGUUAUAGUUUUGACAGACCACAAAAUCGAUUUCAAACGAGAUUAAGCUUUGUAACCGCUCAAAGAUUUAGGAGUAUUAUUAAGGCCAAAAAAAAAAAACACAUUUCUGCAAAAUAAAUGUACAGUGGCAUUGAUUAAUGUAAAUUGUUGAUGAUACAUUUUACUUAUCAACUUUACAUUUUUCCAGCAUGUAGUAGACUUUUCCGUGAGCAUAUUUUGGUAGAGUUUUGGUUAAGUUAAAUAAUAGUAAUUCUCUCAUCAAAUGAAGCAUGCCUUUGUAUCAAAUUUUUAAAUUAACACAUUGACAGCAGCUUGCAUGAUUAAGCUGUAAACAAUUCAACAAUUUCGUAGUGCUUCGUUACUUUUGGAGGAAUAACAUUUAAAUUGUUAUUAGAAACCGUCUAAAGACUGAGGAGUGUUUUGAAUGCAUCAAGUUUGCAUUUCUAUUUAGGUAUUUUAUGCAUGCAGGAGUUUUCAUGAAUAAGUUCCUUUAAGUAUUAUGAAAGUGUCGAUUGAUUGAAUGAAUUACAGAUAUUACAGGAUAUUUUCCACUGUAUUCAUGAACUGUUCUAAAGUGCUUAUCCUUUAAGUUUCUAUAGCAUUGACCAUCGAUAAAACAAAUAUCUUAUU